AUGAAGCUCUCUACGUGGUGGAGUCCAGUGAAGGAACCUCCAUCGUCAUUACGCUUCGCAUUACUCCUAGCCUCUUUAUCAACAGUCUCAGAAGCGAUCACUUUUACUCCGGUACCUUCGGCAAACCUCGAUUUAUCCUCGUCAGGACGUGUGGGACUAGUAGGAGAUUUCAGUGGGAUCUCGCUUUAUGAAUUUGAGGGACAGGGCCAGAAUGGAUUCAGCACAAAUGGUAGUCAAUCGAUCCUCGCACGCCUGCCCAAUGGCGCGUUUACGAGUCUUGCAUCGGCGGAUGGCAGUAUUCAAGCAAUGUGCUCAUUUGUGAAGGAUGGGGCAAUGGCUGGCGUUGUUGUUGGGGGAUCUUUUACAAGUAUAGGUGGAGUCGAGACGAGAGGAGCAGCGCUGAUCAAUGCGAAUACAUCUGCAGUCACACCAUUGACUGGACUGACGGGGAGUGUCAACGCCUUACUUUGCGAUCCAUCGUCAAAUUCCGUUUAUGUAGGAGGCAGUUUUACAGGUGCCAAUUCUACGAACGCCAUAAUGUGGGUGGGAGAUGCCGGGUGGACAAAUCUUCCCUUUGCGGGCUUCAAUGGACCUGUCAGCUCCAUAACCAAGGCCGGAAAUGGUAACAUUAUCUUUGGGGGCAACUUUACUGGUUUGGGCAAUGCUACUGGACCUAGCAAUCCUGAUCAACAAAUCGUCAAUAUCUCUGGUGCCAACAUCACAUCCGGUUCAUCAACUGCAGCUGCAGGAUUCAGCGAUCCCAGAAACAUCCUAUGUAAAAAUAGCAGCACUGAUGGCGCCGGGUCUACCUGGCUGCUUGCAGACAACACCCCAGGCUUCUGGCAAGCCACUUUUGGAUUUGGAUUCCAACCCACAAAACUUCGAUUAAGAAACACCCAUCUGGACGGUCGAGGUACGAAGACGUGGAGAUUUACGGCUCAACCAAUCAACGGCAUAAUGAAUUUUACUUACACAGACCCUGCGACUGGGCAGAACGCGUCUUGUACUUCUGAAUGUCCACUGAGCGAUAGGAGCGAUGUUGAGUUCCAAGAUUUUCAUUUUGUCAAUGACGUUGGUAUGAACGCUUUUCGAAUUGAUAUAUCAGCUUUCUAUGGAAGUGGCGGUGGUCUGAAUGGGAUUGAGCUCUUCCAAGACGAUAUAUUCGCCUACGCCAUUAACAGUUUCAAUGAACCAACUUGUUCUAGCACUGGAUCUCCUUCCAAUGCAACUAAUACCGGUCCCUGGGCCAUAACCCCAUCCGGCGCGAGCUCAUCUCAAUAUCUCACAGCCGUCGUCGAUCAAUCUACAACAGAUAAUGUUGUCUUUUAUCCUGAUAUAAAACAAUCCGGUACGUAUUCAGUCAAUAUUUAUACGCCAGGCUGCCGGCAAGACAACAGUUGCGCAACCAGGGGGGAAGUUACAUUGAGUGGAGUUUUGUCUGGUACAACUGGUAAUCAGACGUUCCGGGACAUCUUCCAAACAAAUGAGUUCGACAAAUAUGACCAGAUUUUCUUCGGCUCCGUCGAUGCCACCAGCAGUUCUUUUCGACCGUCAGUAACCCUGUCACCAAAAGCAGGGCAAAAUAUACCUAAUUUCUCCGUCGUGGCUCAGCGUGUUAGCUUUAUCUUGACUGCGCCGAGCUCAACGGGCGGCUUAAACGGCAUCUUUGAAUACGAUCCUUCUCAAGCAACUGUCAACACCGCCGAUUUUGCCAACUCGACGUUCGACACAGCGGGAAUGAGCAUUUCGGCAGGGAGUGGGAUUUCCUCUUUGAUUACCUCUGGCAGUACCACCUUCAUUGGAGGUGACUUCAGCUCAAACAACUUCUCGAACAUCUUUUCCAUCACCGACGCUGGUGCAACACCUCUUCCGGGCGGAAGCCUUAAUGGAGCCGUGUCGACUCUCUUUGUUGACGGCACCUCCUUAUAUGUUGGAGGUAAUUUCACAAACACCAAUACCUCAACAGUCGCUGGUUUAAGUCAUGUCGGCCUUUACGAUACGUCUAGGAACACUUGGGCCGCACUAGGAGCUGGCGUGGAUGGGAUGGUGUCUGAGAUUAUUCCCCUUUCCAUUAACAUAAGCGCCAACACCUUGGAGUCCGUCAUAACACUUUCAGGAACUUUCGGUAACAUCAACGCCUUUGGGAGCAACAGAUCAAUCGCAGUUGCCGGGUUCGCCACGUGGGUACCAUCUAGAAACAACUGGCUUCAGAACAUCGACUCCGCAACGACAAGCAUCCAGGGUAAAUUGAGUGCUACUGUUGAAGUAUCGUCUGGCGUUUCUCUAUUUGCCGGACACCUAUCUACAUCACAGUUCAAUACCAACGGUGCGGUCGAACUUCAAUCUACCUCGUCGCUUGGUACAUUUCCCGUCCGUAUCCAGCCUCAGCAAUCGCAAACCUCAAGUACGCUUAGCAAGAGAGCCACUACUACCGGAAACCUAAGCGGAGUAACCACUGGUCUCUUUGACGAGAGCAGGAAUCGUAAUCUUACGAUCCUGGGAGGCCAUUUCACUGCUAAUGCCACCGAUGGUAGCCAGAUCAACAAUCUUGUUAUCAUUAACAAUGCAGCCUCCAACGACGUUUCCGGCGUUGGAGACGAGAUCUCAAACGAUUCGACCAUCUUGGCUUUGGCACUGCAGGAUGAUACAUUAUGGAUAGGAGGUUCCUUGAGAGGUACUGUCGGAGAUAGUGCUGUCAACGGACUCUUCUCCUAUAAUCUUGCAAGCUCAACGUUUGGAGCUCAACCACCUGCACUUGCCGGCGGAGAUAGUACUGCCCGAACUAUUGCGGUCAGACCUGAUACUGGAGACAUAUAUGUUGGUGGCAGCUUCGAAUCCGCUGGCGCCUUGCAAUGUCCUGCAGUAUGCGUCUUUGUCACCGGCUCUUCACAGUGGGAUCGACCUGGCUCAACUCUUGCUGGCAUUGCUCAUACCAUGUUUUGGGCUUCAGAGACCAUGCUCAUCGCUGGUGGGGAACUGAACCUUGAUGGAGGCAAUAUUUCCGUUGCUAUGUAUGAUGCUAAAGCUCAAAAUUGGACGGCGGCACCUGCUGCGACUAUGAUUCCUGGGCCCGUCACUGCCAUGACUUCAGUCAAUAAUGAUUCCGCACAACUCUGGGUUGCGGGUUUCUCGGCAAAUGGUUCGGCUUUUGUCAUGAAAUACGAUGGCAGUAACUGGAACUCGGUUCCUGCAACCUUAGGAUCUGGAUCCAGCGUUCGAGGCUUACAAAUCUUGCCAGUUACAUCUGACCACGGCAGCUCUGAAUUUCUGUCUAGAGAUCAGGUGCUCUUGAUGACCGGCUCCUUGAACAUACCUGGAUUUGGCAAUGCUUCAGCCGUCGUUUUUAACGGCACCGACUACCUACCAUAUGCUCUUACGAAUUCUGCUACUAGCACUAGUGGAAGUCUCUCCCAAUUCUUCUCAUCCAAGGUGGUUCAGUUUGGAUCCAAUAAGAGUGGUCGCCUCGCGGUUGGCUUCGUUGUUUUAAUAGCUCUGGCCUGUGCACUUGGCCUUGUAUUCCUCCUCGUUGUCGCUGGUGUCGUAGCCGAGCGCCUACGGAGAAAACGCGAAGGAUACAUGCCAGCAGCACAAACAUCAUCAUACGAUCGGGGCACUUCCCGAAUACCGCCAGAACAGCUUUUCGGAUCACUAGGCCAGGGGCGAAGUGGCGUAGAAAAGCAAUCAACAAGGAUAUGA